AUGUUCUUUUCAUCCAUUCUUCAGCAGCUGAGCAAUCAGCAACCGACUGGUAUCAACAACGCAACAAUGAAUAUUGGAUUUAGAACUCUCGGAUUAAAUAUUCAUUUGCAAAACAUUCCUUUGGACGAAGGUGCAGAAUGUCAGGAAACUUUCUCCGACGUUUAUUCAACACAAUCCCAACCAUCGAUGGCUCAACCACAAAUUCUUCCUUCAUCACCACCUUCAACGGGCAAUAGCCUGUUAUUCCAACAGAUUUUGGCUGCAUGCAAACAAACUUCAUUCGACAGCAACAAACUUUCAUCUAUUGAGUCAUUAGCUUCCUCGUGCUCGAAAAGCAACUCUUUCCACUCGAUCUCUAUCCAAGAACUUGGUACCAUCUUGGCAAGCUUUGGUUUUGAAGCUAACAAGCUACAGGCAAUAUCUAUCUUGAAAAGAUACAAUCAACUGGCUGGAAUGACUUGUUAUGGUGUGGGUGAAGCGUUGAAAAAGUCGUUCACUUUUGAUAAUUCAAGAUGUCAGGCACUGCAAGAUUUAUUUCAUAUGAUUCAUGAUAGAGGUCAAAAUUAUGAACUCGUUCUCAAGGCCUUUGAUUUUCGUUCAAAUCAAGAACAGGCAAGAAAACUAUUAUUGUCUUUUCAAUAA